AUGGUCGAACUAGUGGUUACUGGAGUUCAACCCAAGCAAGUGCAAGGUCAUGACAAACUGUGGAUGGAAAUAGGCGGCAACUCACGAAAUACAGCUUUAGAGGCGAGAAACUGCAAAAAUAUCCCUCAAGAAGAUCUUGGAGUGAGCAUCACACCCAACAUAUCACCCGAGGUGGACAUAAAUCACAUAACAUCUGUAACAUGGUCACAAGGUCUGCUGUUCCACCAGGCUCUGGUGGACUGCGGAAGAGCAGCCAUACUGAUCCCGCUUGGUCGGUCCAUCUACAGCUGUCUGCCAGUGACGAAAUGCUCGCUGGUGGAGACAGCUUUCCUGCUGCUGGUCACCGUGUCAACUAUCAACAUGUUGACAACGGUAUUAAGUCAAGUGUUGAACGACGCGCCGCUGCUACCAGAGGACUCUGACCACAAGACAAUGCCGCUGCUGAUGGAGUCGCCGCAGUGCGUUCUCUUCGGCACCUUCAUGAUAUGGUUUGCCUCCAUCACCAUCAACCUGGGACCCACCUUUCUCUCUGGGGCGCUCGCCGCUAAUAUAGACGAGGAGCACAACGCCCCGUCAUGUCCGCUGAUCACAGGUCCGUUGCGUCACUAUGUGCUCAACGUGUUGUGGAUCGUCACCAACGUGCUGGUGGUGCUGCUCACAGUUUACCAUCUCUACAAGCUCUACCGUGACCUCUCCACCUCCUCCCUGGAGGCUGUGCGGAUAGCCUCCCUCGUCACCACCAUGAUCAGUGUAUCCACGCCGCAGAACCAAGACCCAGAAGCAAGGGAGCAUCACCAGGUCAACAACUACAUUACCAGGAUGGAGCGAGAGGGUGUGGAGAGGGUAAAGAUGUUUGUGGUUGUGACUGUGGCUUAUGUUGUCUUCUGGGGUCCUCUCUUCCUCGUCACACUCCUGACACCGUCAGGAGGCAAGACAGGACUCAGCCACGAGGUGACGUUGCACGUAGCGUACGUCCACGCCUUCGUUAAUCCUGCGUUGUUCCUGGCACUCCACAAGGGGCUACGCAAAGCUGUCACCGACAUCAUGUGCUGUCACUGUUCCUCGGACGAUCCGAGCAGCCGAGCCGAGGGACUCUCUGGCCUGCAGCCCAACAUGACAGCCUCCCACUCCAGCCUGGGUGGUGGGCUGGGAGGGGGGGGCCUUAGUGGGGCUAUGAGUGGUGGCCUCAGCACCAGUGGCUUGAGCGGUGCUACGGCAAUGUCCACAACAGGCGGCCAGACCCUGCCUCCAUAUGCAUCCGACGGUGAUAUCACUCCGCCUCCAUUUUCUUCCAUAAAUAGACAAUAUCUGACUUCGUGCCAAUACACAAGGCGGUAACGACGUCCGUAUUUCAGGCCCAG